UCUCUCUCUCUCUCUCUCUCUCUCUCUCUCUCCACCCCUCCCUCAUUCUACAAUGCUAAACAAUCACAGUCAACCCGCAUAUUUAAACACUCGGUCGUGUCUUAUAAAUCUCACCUGAACCAGCUCAGUGAUCAGUCCCUCUGACCUCCUCAGAUCAUCUGCGCAUCUUCAGAGCUUUAGAGAUCCUUCUCCUUUUUGUCCGAGUUUUAAUUGGGUUUUUACCCCAGAGUUUAUUUAGGUUUGGGAGCCCCAGCGAGAGCUCCACACCCCCCACCUCCAAGCUGUCUCUACGUCUGCUCCCUGCCCUCAUCGUGGACAACGACGAGGACGAUGAUGGAAACUUCACCAACUGGAUGAGCAGCUACUGGGGCCACGGAGGCCGAGACGAGCGAGCCAAAGAGCGCAAGAGGAGCUUCAGAAGGUCCAGGCACUCCACAGGUGACCGCAGAGCUUCACUGCCCUGUAUGUCCCAGCUGGAGGCCAUGCAUCUAAAGCAUCCCUUGACUCCCAUUAAAUUGAAGAGCCACGAUAAGGGGAAGGAGUUGCGCUCGCACCCUCACGCUCGCCGUGUCUCCUCAGACGAGUACCGAGGGAACAGAACCGGAGGAGCGGAGAGUGGCAUCAGCACCGUUCCCGAUCUCACCGAGUCCUUCAGGAGGAUGCUGCGUUUACGCAGAGUCUCCUCAGUGACUGAUUCGGAUAAAGCGUAUCUGAUUUGUCAUGAAGAACUGCGCAGGAGAGGAGUAGAAACAGGAAAAGGAGGCCAAGAACUUCACUGUUCUCAUCACUUCCAUAAAGAGGUGAGGAGGCCGGAGCAGGGCGCGCGUCCACGCAGCCGGAGUAAUGCAGCCGUUUGUGAAAACAGGAAGGAAGUACCAUUCUGCAGCGAACAGGAAGAAUACCGACUGCCCCGCCAACGCCUGUCUCUACGCAGAGAGCGCUGAGACACAACAAGACAUUCCUGCACAGACAUUUCUCACGUCUUUUCGGUUUUUCCCCUCCAAACUUCCUUGUGUGGGUUUUUACUGGGUGUGGCAAAAGUUGUGAUGAAUUAAGACAGAUUUAGGAUCUCAGCGACAUUCUUCAAAUAUCCAGCAAACGGUCUGCAUUUUUUUGCGCUUGUUUUCAUAGUCAGUGGUUGAGAACUUCACAAUAUAAACAUAGCAACACCUUGAAAAUCAACUUAGCGGUGGUUACGCUACACUUUUCAGUCAGUCGACUCCCAUCCGUAUACCUGCGAACGCUAGAAAAAAGGAAAACAUACGCAAAUUUCACAGCGUGACAACGUUUGUUGACGCUUUUCAAACUCUGACCUGCAAAUUCUUGACACAUUACAACGCAAAAAAAUAAUCUGACUGAUCAAGGAAGAGAUGUGAAUGACUUGCAGCAGAACUUGUCGGAAAAAUGUAAAACAAAUUACAAAAAAUGUUGAAAGUCUAGCGUGAGCUUUCCUGUAAUCUGGGGCGCAACCCAACUGUAACUUUCUCUUUUUUUUGGUUAAGUAGCCAACUCAUUGCCCUAAUUCCUAAUAUUUAUACCUAAUCUUCAAUGACAGCGCGACAUUUAACCGGCGUUUCCUCCAUGUUGGAUUUUCUGAAGUCUCACGUGAUACGAAUUCAACAAACUCGACCCACAUAGCAAUUUUUCUCUGGCCUAGCUCCGGCCCACACAACCAGCUUUCGCUUGGCCCACAUACCGCAAUGAAUUACGGUCCUAGUGUGGACCAGGUCUGGAUUCCAGACAAGGGCCACACAUGGGCCAUAACUGACCCAAGUCUCAGCCAAGUUAAAUACCCAUAACUGGUCCUAAAUGACAUCUGGCCCAUGUCUUGUGAGCUGCCUUAAAAACGGUACCACCUCUGCCAAACCGGGCCAUGUUUGGCCCACAUGCUGUAUGGCAGUGCUGGAUGAAUGCCAGCUGUGCCAGAUGAAUGGCAAAUCUGGGCCAAAUUUGUUUGCUGACUGGGUCUAACCAUUUUCAGCAAAGUGUGAAAUUUUGCUUACUGUUUGUUUUCUAGUUUCGAGCUUUUGCAUUUAUACAGACGGACAUUUCAUUUUAUUUUUAUUGUCAGGGUGUGGCAUUUAUAAUGGUACGUUCACCUUCAUGUAGUUUGUGAGGUUCUCCAGUGAAGUCCAUCAACACAUUAUCUGUGUAAAAUCUGCUUUGAGACAAUGUUCAUUGUUAAAAGCGCAAUACAAAUAAAAAUGAAUUAAGUUGCCUCUGAAAAUUAGUCUACAUUUGGGAACACAUUGUAUAUAUAGCAUGUGGUUCUGUUAGCACAGAGUUGGAGGUACACAGUUGUAAAGGACGUCAUUGGAUGCAAUUGGUAGCAUGACAUUUUUCCUUUCGCUUGAACUAGGAGACAUGUUUCAGCAUGAAAAUCACAAAGCCAGCUCCAUGAAGUAGCAGAUCUGUGUAAUAGUAGUAGAUGAGUGUCCUGCUGUAGAUCUAUAAACCCAACCUCGACACCUUUUGGGAUAACCGGACCACUGACUGCACCCCAGACCUCCUCACCAAACCUGACUUUAAUAACACUUUGUUGGGUGAAUGAAUCUCCACAAAUCUCCAUAAAAUCUAGUGGAACAUCUUCCCAGAAGAGUGGAGUCUAAAUGUGGAAUGGGAUGUUUAAAAAGCACACGAUAUUUUGCUUAUCCACAUUUAUACUAUUCAUACAACUGAGCAGCUAUAGGGUUAAGGGCCUUGCUCAGGGGCCCAGGAGUGGCAGCUUGGUGGGGCUGGGAAUCGAAAUCAAACUCUUCGGAUCAGAAGCCCAACGCCUUAACCAAUUAGCAACCACUUUCCCAUCGAUUAGGAUCAAAGUUUUUGAACUUUUAACAUUGUCAAAACAGUUUGGGUCCAUUUUUAUUUCCACACAAGUACAGAAUCUAAUAAUUGUACAUAAAUAUACACAAUGGGAUUGUGUUCUUUUCUAAAUAUUCAGAGAUGCAUUGUAUUAAAUCCUUUAACCCACUGUAUUCUUUUUUUUACUUGUUUACCUAAAAACAAUCACCCAUUUGUUGGGAAAUAAAAUAAUUGA